AUGUCGGCUGGUGAAGUCAAAAAAGAAGAACCUCAAUUUAUAUUUCAUACGUAUGCUUUAUGCAAGUCUACAGAUAUGCCAGAGGAAAUGAAACAAGAAGCUAUGGAGACGUGUUCUACUGCCGCCGAAAAAUAUGCUGAGGACUAUGAACAAACGGCACGCAUGAUCAAGGAAAGUUUGGACAGAAAAUUUGGCGCGCCUUUUCAAGUUGUUGUUGGAGAAUCUUACGCUUGUGCUAUAACCCAUCAAGAAAAUACUUUAUUAUAUAUGUUCACGGGUGGGAAUAUUGCUAUCCUUGUUUGGAGAACUAUUAGCCAAUACAAAUAAAAUGAUUUUCUGUUAA